AUUUGGUAACACCGGGUACCACUUCUGGUUCAAGCUUCGUUCGGUCAACAUCCACUGGUACCAGACGAUCGACAAUGGCAGACCUUAGCAGCAAGGAUGUCGAAAGGGCAGAAUUCGCCUUCUCCAUCUACGAUUCAGACGGCACCAACGUCAUCGAUGCGGUUGAUCUUGGCAACGUCCUUCGCGCGUUGAACUUGAACCCUACAAAUGCGACCAUCGAAAAGCUGGGCGGCACGAAGAAGAAGGGCGAAAAGAAAAUGAAACUGGACGAAUUCCUGCCUAUCUUCAGCCAGUGCAAAAAGGAUAAGGAACAGGGAUGCUACGAGGACUUCCUCGAGUGUUUGAAGUUGUACGACAAACAGGAAAACGGAAUGAUGCUCGGCGCAGAAUUGUCUCACACACUUCUAUCACUUGGUGAACGUCUUAAUGAUGACGAAUGCGACACAGUGCUGAAGGAUUGCAUGGACCCAGAAGACGACGAUGGUUUCAUCCCCUAUGCUCCCUUCUUGAAGAAGAUGAUGGUACUGUUGUAAGCAGUUGAGGUGUUACCGAGACAAUGAUCAUCCAUCCGUUCCUUCGUAACCUGUGUGAGAGGGCGGCAGCAACCGAUGAUUAGGAUGAUUGCUGUCAACAUCUAUCUGUCAAGCCAUGUCGACGAUGGACAUUCGCCAUAUUCGCUCGUCACAUUCAUCAUUUUUUUUCAUCUCCCCCUUCCCCGCUAGAUUAUGCGAGGAUUCACUUGACAAUUUGCAUGUAAUACGCGAUACGAUCCUGGAAUUAGCAACAUCAAAGUAUCAGCAUUUUAUCGAAGAAAAAGCAAAAAAGGAAGAAAGUUCACAAACAUUGAGGAAAAGAAAAACAAUACUUCAUCUCGAAUGCACGUAAUAUUGUUAUUUGAUUCAGUUUCAUACGAUACAGCGUCUAUAUUAAAUUUACAGAAUGAAAAAAAUAUUUUAAUAAUGCUACAUUGUACAAAGUCAGAUGAAAUGGUCGGUAUUAAUUUACUUCUUAUUGUUACUGUAAUAAAUUACUCCUCUCGAA